AAAUUCUUUAUCCGUGACUUAUUGGUGAAUGCCGCUCUGAUUCUAAGAUAAAUUGUACUAACUUGUUUUUACACCAUGAAGCAUGUAUAUGAAAAACUUUAAAUUAAGUUAGAAAAAAAUCCGUAUUAACUUUGUAUCGCAUUAUGAUAGAGACAGAUACGUUUAUAAAAAUAAAUAAAUACGUUUACUUAAUUUUAAAUAAUAAACAAGUGUACACUUCCUCAUGAUAAAUACAAGUCAACAUUGUCAAAAAUGCAGAAAGAAUUAAACGAAAUAAUUGAGAAAUCAUUACAAAAAGCCUACGAUCACGAUAGAACUGGGAACGUAGGAAAAGCAUAUGCGUAUUAUACAGUUGUUGCAGAGUUAUGUUCUCGAAAAAGACCAGAAAUCGAAGAAGCGUUUGUCGAUGUCCUCUGUCAAUGGGGAAUACAGCUAGCAGGUGAGAACAGGUUCGAAGAUGUUGCUUUGUGUUACAAACGUUCAUUAGAUAUCUAUCCGAACAAUCCUCGUAUGUUAAAUAAUUUUGCAGCACAUCUCUUAAGGAAUAAUGAUCCACUAGAAGCAAUAAAAUACUUAAAGAGAGCCCUGCGAGCAAAUCCUAAUUUUUUACCAGCAGAAAGGAAUUUGCAGAAUGCGUACAGUAUGGCUGUAGAUAGAUGGCAUUUUCCAAUGUUGAACGACAAGCACAGAAACAUGGCAUUCCAACAUGUAAUUUAUAAAAGGAUAUCUCAAGGAUACAAUACUGUGUUGGAUGUAGGAACUGGUACAGGAUUGUUAAGCCUAUAUGCACAACAUGCAGGUGCUAAGAAAAUUUAUGCAUGCGAAUGUUCACCAGUGAUGCUAAAAAUUGCAAAAAAGGUAUUUGAAACCAAUGAUGCUAAGGAUAUAAUAUUAUUACCCAAACUCUCUUCAGAUCUUGUAAUUCCUACAGAUAUUGCAGAAAGAGUGAAAUUGGUAGUUACAGAAACUUUUGAUGCUGGUUUAUUUGGAGAACAUGUGAUACCUUCUAUGAUAAGUGUGCAUUCAAAUGUUUUGGAUAAGAAUGGUAUAGUGGUACCAAUGGGAGCUACACUUUAUAUAGCUGCUAUUGAGUGUGAAUAUAUAAGAAAUAAAUCAGCUGUAAUGUUUGAUAAAAUAAAACAUUUUUGUCCUCUAAAUUUUGAUAACAUAUCUGUAUUGUUGGACGAGGAAUACUAUGAUACAGAAAAUUUAAAAAACGUGCAAGUUAAUUAUAUAGUAGAACCCACAGCAUUUUUUACCAUUAAUUUCAAUGAUUUGUCUGAUUUACAACAAUUUAACACAGAUGGAAUAAAAAAUAUUAUAAAUAUAACAUGUAAACACAGUGGUACAAUAGAUGGUUUAAUAACUUGGUUUAAGUUACAUCUCGAUGAGGAAAUAACAAUAGAUACUUCAGAAAAGAAAUCAUGUUGGCAAGCUGCCAUUUUCCCUACAACACCAAAAUCAUUGAAGAAAGAUGAUGUAAUUUCAAUUAAGGGAGAAAUGUUGAAGGGUAAACUUAAAUGUUCGUACUCAUCUAAUAAUUCUGAAUACGAUGAUUAUAAUCAUAAGCUUUUAUAUCGUUUACCAAAAGAAGUUAUAACGUUUCUAAAUGAUGUAGAGUACAUAAAAUUACUUACUGAAGUUAGCAAAUCAUUCAUUAAUAGAGAAAUACACAGUAUUUUGGAUACUUCCCCGUUUCCUAUUUACGGAUUAAUAUUACUGAAGGAAAACAAACAUAGCAAGAUUUUAUACUACAAAAAUGAAAAUGUGAUGUUUCAACGUUUUAUCAAACAAAUAGUAGAACAAAAUGGUUUCGAAGAUAAAUUACGUAUUGUAUCAAAGUACAAUCAUAUUAAUGAUUCUUUAGAUACUAUAUUUAUUCAUGAUUUCGAUAUUAAAGGAGAAUUGAAAGAUUGCAGUGAUGAACAUAAUCACGAAUAUUUUCGAUGUUUACUUAAACCAAAUGGCAUUUUGUUGCCCGAACAGAUAUUUUUUGUAGGUCAGCUUGUGUUUUCGGAUGAUUUACCAAAUAUGGUUUAUGUAGAAGAUAAAAAUUUACAAGAUACUUCGACAUUUGCAUUUGAUGCAUCAAAUAUUGAAAAGGGAACACAUAAUACUUUUAAUAAUACAACUUCUUAUGGUAUUGCACAAUACAUUAAUGAAUUUAAGAUAAACCAAAUUUUCGAUUUGAAUUCAAGUUUGUAUUUAUAUGAACCUUUGUCCAAUGUAAAUGUAUUGAUAGAAAUGGGAGAGAAUGAAGUUGCUGAACGUGUGAUAAAUUUUGGAAAAAUAAGUGCACCUAAUAAUAAAUUAUUGCCAAAUGCUUUAGUAUGUUGGUACAAAGUCAGAUUGACAUUAAAUCAUAGUUAUGACACAAAAAGAAAUGGAUCGUUUAUGAAUCAUACGGCAAUAUUAUUAGAAGAUGAAUUAAAGAAUUCCAUUUUACAAGGUAAUGAAAUAUGUAUAAAAGUUCAGCAAACUGAAAACAUAAUACGAGUAAAAAUCAAGUGA